AUGUUUGAUAUCAGCGCUAUUAUUCGCCCAAAUAUUUUAACCUUAGAACCCUAUCGGUGCGCCAGGGAUGAUUUCAAGACCGGGAUUUUGUUAGAUGCAAAUGAAAAUACCCAUGGACCAGCUCUUCCAUCCCCAGAUGAAAAAGAGGCUGCAUUAGAAUUGAAUAGAUAUCCAGAUCCUCAUCAACAUGAAUUGAAACAACAAAUUAUUCUGUUUAGAGAACAGAACCCAAACAAGUAUGCAACAGAAAAAUUAUCAAUUGAAAACUUGUGUCUUGGUGUUGGAUCAGAUGAAAGCAUAGACAUGUUAUUGCGUUGUGUCUGCGUUCCAGGAAAAGACAAGAUGUUAAUUUGCCCUCCAACAUAUGGAAUGUACUCUAUUUGUGCCACUGUUAAUGAUGUUGCCAUAGAAAAGGUUCCGUUAACGAUUCCAGACUUUCAAAUUGAUGUUGAUGGGAUACUUGCUAAAGUGAAAUCAGAUCCCAGUAUCAAACUCUUGUAUUUGACAUCGCCUGGGAACCCUACAGGAAAGUUGAUUAAUGUGGAGGAUAUAAUAAAGUUGGUACAGGAGCUGCUCAAAGUUUGGCAAGGUUUAAUUGUUGUUGAUGAAGCAUACAUUGACUUUACUAAACCUGGCUCUUCUAUGAGCACAUUGGUUAACCAAUAUCCGAAUUUGGUCGUAUUGCAAACGUUAUCGAAAUCGUUUGGCUUGGCAGGAAUCAGGUUGGGUAUCACUUUUAGUUGCAAAAAGUUAAGUUGGUACCUUAAUGCUAUGAAGUACCCUUACAAUAUAUCAUCGUUGACCUCAAACGUUGCAAUAAAAGCUACGAAUGAGGGAUUGAAUAUUAUGGAGAAUUAUGUUUCAAAAAUCGUGGAACAAAGAGAAUUGGUGUUAGAAAAAUUAUUGAGUUUAAAAUACGUUGGUAGAAAUAUCGGUGGAUUGGAUUCAAAUUUCAUAUUGAUCGAAAUUUUAGAUAAAAACGGUAAACCAUCAAAUGAAGUUGCCAAAAAAUUGUAUAACGUAUUGGCUACAGACAACUCGGUGGUGGUGAGAUAUAGAGGUUCUGAAUUGAAUUGCGUUGGAGGUUUAAGAAUCUCCAUCGGAACUGCAGAAGAAAACAAACAGUUGUUAACUAAAUUUGAAUCUGUUUUGAACGAAAUCAAUAAGUAA